AGCUGACCUUGAGGCUUCUGUCGGCUGGCAGCUCAGUAAACAUUACAACCUCGACGAAUACAAGCACGGGAAAAUAAGUGUUUUUAAGGGGAUUCGGUGCGUGAUUUGUUGCAUUUUGAAUCAUGUUGAAGCUGUAUUUUGAUUUGUUGUCUCAGCCAUCGAGAGCGGCUUAUAUUUUCCUGAAGAAAGCGAAGAUUCCCUUCCAGCCUCAGCCUGUUGCCUUACGGAAGGGUGAGCACAAGACCGAGGAAUAUGCAGCCAUCAACCCUUUCCAGCUUGUCCCUGCAAUUGACGAUAAUGGAUUCAAGCUCAUUCACAGCGUCGCCAUUUUGCGGUACUUGUGUCGAGAGCACAAAGCCGACCAUUGGUACCCCAGUGAUUCAAAGGCACAGGCACGUGUUGAUGAAUACCUUGAGUGGCAGCAUGUGAACACCCGAAUGCAAUGUGCAAUGUUCUUCCAGCAUAAGUUCCUGCGACCAAAGAUGCUUGGGAUGCCAGUGAAUGAAAAGAAAGUUGCAGAGUUCCAGGAACGAAUGGAAAUCGUGCUGGAUCAGCUGGAAACUAUUUGGCUGAAGGAUCACCCAUUUAUUGCGGGAGAUCACGUAACCAUUGCUGAUUUAGUGGCCGCUUGUGAACUGGAGCAACCAAGUAUGGCUGGUUAUGAUGUGUGUAAAGGAAGGCCUAACCUAACUGCCUGGUUCAAACGCGUCAGAGAUUCAUUCCAGCCACACUAUGAUGAAGCACACAUGAUGGUGUACCGUGUCAAGGAUAAAUUUGGCGGCAAUCCAGCGAAAUCAAACCUCUAACAUGAAUGAUGGUGUUUAUAGUUUUAGAGGCAGUUCCAUAUAUAAGAUAGGCCAUGAAGUGUUUUUUUCUUUGCUGAAAGAAAUAUUAUGGGAGUUUAAUUAGUAUGUAGCCAGAGGCAAAUUAUUGGUAUGAAUACUUAUUAUAAGUUAAAGACUGGUGCUGUUGUGUAGUGAAAAAUGUUAUGUCAUGAAUAUAAUUUGAACAUUUAUUUUAGAUACUAGCUUGGCAUAAAUGUAGUUUGUAGUUAUGUUGUUUCCAUAUGUUUCAUCCCUUUGUCAAAACUAACUCCUAAUAAAUAGAAACAAGCUUUUGAUAUAACAGUUGACUGCACACAUCUUGUGAUUAUAUUUGCAAAUGUAUAGAACAAAUAUUGCAUAUGUUACUGACACCCAAGAUGCAGUUACAGUAGUUUAUAUUUUUAUAUGUGAAUUGUUUCAUGAGCAUUUUAUAAAUUAGUAUUUGUGACUAACAAAUAUUAGGUAACAAAGACAUUAUAAUUGUUAACUGGAUUUUUGAAAUGAACAUAGCAGAAUGGA